GUGGAGCUUCACUUGCUAAGAUAGUUUCAUUCUUUUAUGAGCUUUUUGGUGACAUAACUAGAAUUUUCCAUUUUUGAUGUCAAGCAUGUGUAGUCAAUUACAUUUAAAUAGAUUUAAUCUAUCAUAUAAAUUAUUUUCAAAUAUAGAAAUUUUCAUGACAAGAAUACAGGAGUUGCAGAAGCAGUGACCUCCCCAAACUCUUUCUCUUUCUCUCAUUCUCUUCCCUCUCUCUCUUCUUUCACUUCUCUUCUCUCCCUCUAUCUCUCUCUACAUCAUCCUCAACAUCUACCGCUGACUACUAUUUUCAUAGACACACCUGUUUCAUCUAGUACUCUCGCCUGAAAUCAACGAUCCGAUGGUUUUCCUUUCAUCUUCACGAUAGUGACCCACUUCACAUAGCACUAUACAUCGAUUUCAGGGCAGUCCCCUGUUUCAAGAUUCCCAAUCAUCGAUUUCAGUUUCAGAGCUACUCUUUUCGUUGCUGGUAGCACUAUACAUCAAAGAGUUUAAGAAAUAGUUUGUAGCCGAUGCCUAUAUAGGGAAGUGUGACAAGGUUUGGCCUACUGACCAUAUGCUGAUCAGAUAUUGAGAUUUUCUCUGGUUAUUAAGAAAAUGCCAAGAUUGAGACUUAGUGAAUGGAAAAUGAUUUGGUUGUUUACAUGGUACAUAAAUUUAAGAAUGCCAGCUUUUUGUGUUGUUUGAAAAAUGUGAGAGCUAGAUCUAUAUGAUGUUCUGGUUCCUUGAUCGCUGAACCCACAGAAUACAAGAUCCAUGUUUAUAUUCAGAGAACACAAAAUGUGAGAGAUGGUUGUUUACAUGGUUCCUGGGUUGGCUUCUAUCCAAUCACCCUCAAUCUUAUGACAAUCCAUCUACAACUAUAGGGGAAAAGGAGAAAAGGGGGAAACUGUAGAAAUAAGGGACACCAUGUGUAUGAUUUGUAUCACAUGGACUUAAGCUUAAAGGAUAAAAUUGGCAAGAGGUUGAGUGCUCGGGGUGAAGAUGUUUCGAGGUAGAUCUCUUCGGAAAGAUCAGAGAGGUGGAAGGAGAUGGGAAGCUAGGAAUUGGUAUAGGGGUGUAGAGAAGGGGGCGAGGAGGAGACCGGACUUCUCUUACAGUAAGGCGGUUACGACUAGAGUUUGGCCGAAUUUUGGGCAGUCUGAAAUCAAGAAGGUGGAGGACAGACAAAUGAUAUUUAUAGAGUCCCAAGGCGUAGAGGCUAGAAGGAGAUUCCUGAGAGAUUGCUUGGUGGGAAGAUUUCAGUGGAGGGCGGGUUUUCAAGAAGUGGAAAAAUGGGUAAGUAGAUGUUGGGAGGAGGUGGGAGGAGUGAAAGUAAAGAAAUUAGCCGAUGACCUCUUCUUGUUCAUAUUCUCGUCGAGGUCAGCGACGGCUUGGAUCCUUAAGCAGGGUCCAAGGAAAAUGGGGAGAAAUCAUCUCUUUCUGGAUUGGUGGGGGGCAAGUUCUGGCUGCUUCUAUCCGGAAUCAAGCGAAGAUUCAGACCGCUCAAAAAUCAUCUGGGUGAGGGUGUAUGGUCUUCCUCUGAUACUGUGGUGCCCGAGUGUGAUCAAGAACAUAGGGGAUGCUUGCGGUGGUUUCGUGGAAACCGAUGACUCCCCUGAAGAGCUUUCAACCUGUGGGUGGGUUCGAAUGAGGGUGAAAAGGUCUGGGAAGAUUCCUGAAAAAGUGGAGGUUGUUGUGGGGGAGUCGGUAUUCGAAAUCUGUGUUUAGCCUGAGUCGCUGCCGACGGUCCAAAGUUGGACGCAAGAGAUUCAUGAGAACAAUCAGUUCCGAUUGCAGGGAAGGAGCUCGGAAAUCUCUAACACGGUGGUCCUAGAAGACGAGGGAGAAAGCUCAUUGCCGCAAGAGUUCCAUAAAAGGCCAUUGGGUUUCAAACCGCCAUUGAGUAGCUCGCCGGAGGUCGACGGAGGGGAAGAAGAUGGUCGUGGGAUCAAUAUGAUCCGUCCACAAGCAGUUCCGCUGGAUGGCCAGGAUCGUCCUCAGGUUGAGUGCUUUGAAUCUUGCACGCCAGAAUUAAUGAAGGGAAGAAGUGGGGAUUUUCUGAGGGUGGAGGAUUUAAAAACUCUCAUAAAGCAAUGCAUUAAAGAACUACACACGAAAUCAGACGUGGAGGUCUCGAGGUUUAAGGGGAGGGAGGCUCGACAAGGGGCCGGAUCGGAUUCCAAGGAAGAUGAGGAGAUUCAGAUUUGGACUCAGGUUCCGGAUCCGGGUCAAGCUAGAUUUAAGUCCUUGUCUACCCGCUUUACUCAAUUGGCGAAGAAACUUGAAGGUAAAAAGUUUUUUAGUGAGCCUCGGUGGCCCACUGGUAGACAAACAAAUUACAGUCCGGUUCGGUUGGAACCGACUUGGGUUAGUCUGCCAUCCAAACAGCAGUUGAAUCCAAGUGUUGGUUCUCCUCUAGCCUACAUUCCUAGCCCUAAUAAUAUGGCGAUGGGUGAUCUGAGUCAGGCUGCUACUUCAUCUCAAAAAGUUCGAUCUUCUUCAAAAGGUGUGUGGGAGAUGGACUAUAGGCAGCAACAAAGUCAAGAGCUGCCUCUGGUGCCAGUGGAAGAGAUAGUGGAAGAGACUCUGUUGGUGGCGACCCCUAUUGCGGUGGUGGGUAAUGAGGUUCAUAGUGGGAAUGUGGGAAAUUGUCUUGAUCAAUCCAGAGAGUUGGGAAAUAGUGGUGUAAGCCCCAAGCAAAUGAGGAGAAGCAAUGGAGAAGUCUUGUUAGGAAACAAGGGGAAAGCGAGUUCAUCAGCCGCGGAGGUAGGCAAGGACAGUAAGUCUGAAACUAAUCAUUCUUCUUGGGUGACAUCGAAACUUCUGGGGCUGGGGACUUUCCUGGGAAUUUCGAUGGAGGGGAUGGAAGCUGAUACUAUUAAGUUCUUGGAAGGAAUUGAAUAAAGAGUGCUUAUGGAGAGGGGAAAAUUGGCGGCAAAAAAGGGGGACUAAAAACAAAGAGAAGCAGAGAAGUGAUGAGAUUAACUUGGUGUCUAAAUGAUAAGGCGGGGAACAGUGAAGGGGCUGCAAGGGGGUCUAAGAAGAUGUGAAGUGUGGGUCCUUUUCUUUAGUUUUUUCUUAUGGAAGUGAAAAUUCUUUCUUGGAAUGUUAGAGGACUGGGGUCGGGAAGGAGGAGGAGGAUGGUAUGUGAUUCUUUGAAGCAAUCGAAGUCUAAGAUUGUCUUGCUCCAAGAAACUAAGCUAGAGUGGGUUGAUGCUGCUACAAUUCGAAGUGUUUGGGGGGGAGGGUCAGGUCAGAUGGAAGGCCUUGGCUGCCUUGGGGAGUGCUGGUGGA